AUGCAUCGUCGUAGGGGACCAAAUUUCACGUAUGUGAGCGGGUUUGUUAAAUACAUGAUUUUUGUGCUGAAUUUUGUAUUUUGGUUACUCGGUGGCCUGACCAUUGCCGUUGGAAUGUAUGCAUUUAUUGAGAAAUGGCAAGCAACUGGACUGAUAAAGUUGGAUACAAUUUACGAUUUGAUGCUGAAUAUAAGUUUGCUCAUUGCUAUGCUUGGAGGUGUCGUUUUCAUCGUGAGCUUCGCCGGAUGUGUCGGUGCACUGAGAGAGAAUACGUGCCUACUUAAAUUUUAUUCCCUCUGCCUACUGAUUCUCUUUCUGGUGGAGAUGGGUGGGGCGGUAUGCGGUUUCGUGUUUCCACGAUCACUGCACGGCAUAGUGGAGCUGAGCUUCACCGAACGAGUGGUACACGCCUAUAGAGAUGAUCCUGAUCUGCAGAACUUCAUUGACUUCGCUCAAAGUGAUUUCCAUUGCUGCGGCUUAACUUCUGAUGGGUACAUGGACUGGUCCAAGAACGAAUACUUCAACUGCACCUCGCCGUCUGUCGAGAGGUGUGGGGUUCCGUUCUCGUGUUGUAUCAACGCCACUGAUAUAUCAUCUGGACUCGUUAAUAUUAUGUGCGGUUAUGGAGUGCAAAGCUAUCCUGUGGCCGAGGCGAGCAAGCGCGUGUGGACGAGCGGGUGUAUAGAGAUCGUGCGCUCGUGGGCGGAGUGCAACCUCUACACCAUCGCCUCCGUCGCGCUCGCCGUCGCGCUCUCGCAGCUCUUCGUCAUCUACCUCGCCAAGACCCUCGAGGGACAGAUAGAGCUGCAGAAGGCCAGGUGGCAAACAUGA